UAUAUAUCCCCCUACACAACCAACCUAACCAAGGAGAAUCCAUUUCCAUCAACUCAUCUUAAAUAAGCUCCCAAGUCCCAAACAUGUUUCUUUCUUCUUCUUCCUCAAAUCAUCCUUCAAAUUUGCUCCAAGAUUUGCUGAGAGAUGUCCGCUCAAGAAGAUUGUUACUACACACUCCCCUUUACCAGCCACCGGGCACGGCAGCCCCGCCCGGCACUGCAACUACCGGCCAUGAUUCAUCGGAGUCAUACACCAAUGGAAACAGCUUAGACGCCAAUGUAGUAAUGAUCCUCUCUGUUCUUUUGUGUGCAUUAAUCUGUGCUCUUGGGCUGAACUCCAUCAUCAGGUGUGCAUUAAGGUGCUCAAGGCGAGUGAAUUCUGAUCCAUCAUCCAACAACACAGCCAACAGGUUGGCUAACACAGGAAUCAAGAGGAAAGCCCUCAAGACUUUCCCCACACUGACCUACUCUACUGGGUCAGAGCUACCCCGGUUGGACUCAGAAUGUGUUAUAUGCCUCUCAGAGUUUGCUCCAGGGGACCGUGUCAGGGUCCUCCCCAAGUGUAACCAUGGAUUCCACCUCCGGUGUAUUGACAAAUGGCUCACUUCACACUCAUCAUGCCCCACUUGUAGGCACUGCCUGAUUGAAACUUGUCAGAAGAUCGUCGGCUGCAGCCAAACUAGCUCAUCGGAGCUGCCGCGGCUGCCGCCGCCGGCGCUGGCGAUUCCACCAUUGGCCAGAGGGGUUUUGCCAUUACAACGUGAAGGUUUGAUGCCUAGUCAUUAGGGUAUUUGUUAAUUGUUUUGUUUUUCAAUUGUACAUACUGUUGAUUGGAAUGUAAACUGAGGGACUAGAAGUUUAGACAUUAGUGUGUUAAGAUCUUCCCUUGGGGCACAAGUUGGACCCCAGUAUCUUUGCUCAGCAUAGAGAGAAAAGGAAAAGUGUGUACUAGUUGUAAUUUGUACAAAUCUGAGUAUGUGAAUCUUCAUUGUUUUUGUUUGUUUCUCCCUC